AUGGCUAGAAAAUCCGCUAUCGGGUUUUUCAUCUUUCAACUUCUGCUUCUAUUGCUGCCCCUGACUCCUUCUAGCAAUGCGGCGCCGAUGCCGCAAGCUCAACCCCCAGCCCCAGGGGCUGAGUACUGGCUGGGAGCGAUCAAACGUCAGGGUAAAGCAGCUUUUAAUCCAGACGGAAACUACCAGGUCUUUCGGAAUGUGAAGGAAUUUGGUGCGAAAGGCGACGGCUCAACCGACGACACCGAAGCUAUCAACAGAGCCAUUUCCUCCGGUAACCGAUGCGGUUUGGGUUGUGACUCGUCGACGAUCAAGCCCGCGCUUGUCUACUUCCCUCCCGGAACCUACAUCGUCUCGAAACCCAUUGUCUCCUACUAUUACUCGCAGCUGGUUGGCGAUGCCGUGAGCCUUCCGGUCCUCAAGGCGUCGCCACAGUUUACUGGCAUUGCUGUGAUUGACGCUAACCCAUAUACCAACAAUGGCACCAACUGGUUCACAAACCAAAACAACUUCUUCCGCCAAGUUCGCAACUUUGUGAUUGAUUUGACUUCCCUGGACCGGGGUGUUGGUGCCGGUAUCCAUUGGCAAGUGGCCCAAGCAACCAGUCUACAAAACAUCCGGUUUGAGAUGGUUCGAGGUGGUGGCGAUGCGAACAAACAAUCGGGCAUCUUCAUGGAAAAUGGGUCUGGCGGUUUCAUGACCGAUCUGGUUUUCAAUGGCGGGAACUACGGCGCCUUCUUUGGCAACCAGCAGUUCACCACCCGCAAUUUGACAUUCAAUGAAUGCAAUACAGCUAUCUUUAUGGUGUGGAAUUGGGCGUGGACCUUCAAAUCUAUAAGCAUCAACAAUUGCGGUGUCGGGUUGGAUAUGUCCAACGGGGCUCCCAGCCAAACGGUCGGCUCUAUUUUAAUUUUGGACAGCAAGAUUAGCAAGACACCCAAAGUGGCGCACCGGAGACGAACGGCACUGAUCUUGGAUAACGUGGAGUUUUCUGAAACGGAAGUGGCCAUAGCAGGCUUGAAGGGGGAGAAAAUCCUCGGUGGAAAUGCGGUAGUUGAGCACUGGAUUCAAGGCAACGCUUACACCCCUAACUCUGCUCCAGGUGUUUCCAAAUUGAAGCGCAAUGGCCUUGACAGCAGCGCGAAAACGGUGACGCUUGAGAAGGUGGUCACCGUAACAGAUUGUCCUUUGCCAGAGCCGUCGGCCACCAAUUCCAGCCCUAUGAACAGCUCCCCACAAGCUCCAUCUACCGCCACCGCUUCAAGCCCUGGUACAGUUCCACCGGGACAAAGCACUAGUAUCCCAGUCCCGUCAGACUUCUCCGAAGUAGUGCCAUCACCAACUUCCGUCUCGUCGCCGGCCAUCCCUACGCCCUCACAAUCUGAAACUGAUAGUCCCACUGAGACCUGUACUAGCACGCCUGUUACGAAAAGUAGAGUCCAGACUGAAUUGCCGGGGCCUACCAAACCUGCUGUUCUCCUAGAUCAGUCCGGAAAGGUGUUUGAGCGCGCAAAACCACAGUACCAGAAUGUUCCAGCAUCUUCCUUUAUCAGCGUUAAGUCAGCUGGCGCCAAAGGCGAUGGCAAGACUGACGACACGGAAGCCAUCCAAAAAAUCUUAGACGAUGCGAAGCCUGAUCAAAUCGUGUAUUUUGAUCACGGUGCGUAUUUGAUCACAAAGACGAUCAAAGUCCCAAAGAAUAUCAAGAUCACCGGUGAAAUUUGGCCGCUGCUGAUGGCGACAGGCCCAGCGUUCUCAGAUGAGAAAAACCCCAUUCCCAUGCUUCAAGUUGGUCAGCCAGGCGACAAAGGUAACGUCGAGAUCUCUGAUAUUAUGCUUGAAACCAAAGGCCCUGCACCUGGCGCCAUUCUGGUUCAGUGGAACGUUCACGAAGAGACCCAAGGAUCCGUUGGGAUGUGGGAUGUCCAUCUCAGGGUUGGUGGUUCGGCCGGAACCGAACUCCAGAGCGACCACUGUACCAAAACACCAAACUCAACUACCACCCCUGACCCUAAAUGUUUUGGCGCUUUUAUGCUGCUCCAUCUCACGGAGUCGGCAUCUGGAUACUUUGAGAAUACUUGGUUCUGGGUGUCUGACCACGAGUUGGAUCUCCCCGACUUCAAUCAAAUCAACAUCUACAACGGAAGAGGUGUUUUGAUCGAGAGUCAGGGUCCGGUGUGGAUGUAUGGCACCGCUUCUGAGCAUAACACGCUCUACAACUACCAGUUGCACAAUGCAAAGAAUGUUUACAUGGCUUUGAUCCAAACGGAGACACCGUACUUCCAGUCGAACCCAGAUGCCCUUGUGCCAUUUGAGCCCAACCCGAAGUUCAACGACCCAACCUUUGGCGACUGCACAACUGCAGCGUGCAAAAAGGCUUGGGGUCUCAGGGCCGUGCAGUCAAGCGAUAUCUAUCUCUUUGGGGGCGGACUUUACAGCUUCUUUGAGAAUUACAACCAGGACUGCCUGGACACCGAAUCGUGCCAGCUUAACAUGGUCGAUAUCGACUGCUCCAAGGUUUACCUCUACGGCAUGAGCACAAAGGCCAGCACGAACAUGAUUACGUCCCGCGGCGAAGCGUUGGUGCUGCAGAAGGACAACAGAAAUAACUUUUGCUCCACGCUUGCAUUCUUUCAUCAAGAGCUAUAG